UAAAGAAGUUGCCUUUCAUUUGUUGCCAACGACCGCUCUUUCUUCAUCACACAGCUCAGCCUGACGCUACGUUCAGGCUGAUCUCUUCCAUUUUCUUUACAGCCAUUUCCCCCUAAAUCUCAGAUCUCUGAUCUGGUGAGAUCUCUUCCCCUAAGGAAAAAGAAGUUACGACAAUCAAGGAUUCAAGAUGAAGGCACUCAUUCUUGUUGGAGGUUUCGGCACUCGGUUGAGGCCAUUGACUCUCAGUUUCCCAAAGCCCCUUGUUGAUUUUGCUAAUAAACCCAUGAUCCUUCAUCAGAUAGAGGCUCUUAAGGCAGUUGGAGUUGAUGAAGUGGUUUUGGCCAUCAAUUACCAGCCUGAGGUGAUGCUGAACUUCUUGAAAGACUUUGAAGCGAAGCUAGAAAUCAAGAUUACUUGCUCUCAGGAGACCGAGCCACUAGGUACGGCUGGUCCUUUGGCUCUAGCUAGAGACAAAUUGGUUGACGGAUCUGGAGAGCCCUUCUUUGUGCUUAACAGUGAUGUGAUUAGUGAGUACCCACUUAAGGAAAUGCUUGAGUUUCACAAAACUCAUGGCGGGGAAGCCUCCAUUAUGGUGACCAAGGUGGAUGAACCGUCAAAAUAUGGAGUGGUUGUUAUGGAAGAGAGUACAGGAAGAGUUGAGAAGUUUGUGGAAAAGCCAAAACUGUAUGUAGGUAACAAGAUCAAUGCUGGGAUUUAUCUUCUGAACCCAUCAGUUCUUGAUAAGAUUGAGCUAAGACCAACUUCGAUCGAAAAAGAGACUUUCCCUAAGAUUGCAGCAGCUCAAGGGCUCUAUGCGAUGGUGCUACCAGGGUUCUGGAUGGACAUUGGGCAACCCCGUGACUACAUAACGGGUUUGAGACUCUACUUAGACUCUCUGAGAAAGAAAUCCCCUGCCAAAUUAACCAGUGGUUCACACAUUGUUGGGAACGUUCUUGUUGACGAAACCGCUAAGAUUGGGGAAGGAUGUUUGAUUGGACCAGACGUUGCCAUUGGCCCAGGCUGCAUUGUAGAGUCAGGAGUUAGACUCUCGCGCUGCACAGUGAUGCGUGGGGUGCGCAUCAAGAAGCACGCAUGUAUCUCGAGCAGUAUCAUCGGGUGGCACUCGACGGUUGGGCAAUGGGCCAGGAUUGAGAACAUGACGAUCCUCGGGGAAGAUGUACAUGUGAGCGAUGAGAUCUAUAGCAACGGAGGAGUUGUGUUGCCACACAAGGAGAUCAAAACAAACAUCUUGAAGCCAGAGAUAGUGAUGUGAAAAAAUGUGAUAUUAUUAUUGUUAUGUGCAACCUUUGUUUUUUUUUUUUUUUUGAGUCUUUUAUCUUUCUCAGCUCUUCCGUUAAUUCUUAUUUGGCUUUUGAAUAAGCAUCAAUCAAAACACUGUAUAUCUUCUUAGGGUCAUUUGGUGUUUUGUUUCUUCUAUCUUAUUUUUUUUUGUAACUUAUAAAAAAAACCUUUCUCAUGUAUGAUGUAUCUGAGAAACUUUUGAGUAUCAUUCAUUAUGAAAGCUUUUUCUUCGAUC